AUGAUGGAUGGCACCGUCAAGGGCAUGUUGAUCGAUUAUGACCAUGCCAUCAACCUCGAUUCGCAGAGUCGUACAGUUCGCAGUGAGCGCUCCGGAACACUCCAGUUCCUCCCUAUCAAUGACCUGGAGGGGAACAACAACACGCGCACAGUACUCGACGAUUGCGAAGCAUUGAUUUAUGUUUUGGCCUGGCUUGGAACAUUCGGAUUUAGCACGGAGACUCUACGCGCAAAAAAAGUGGAUUGUUGGGGUGAGGAAAUUAAGCCGCUUAUUUGCGAGUGGCACAUGUCUGGUCCGUACAUAGCUAUUGCUAAGAAGAAGCGCACAUAUCUAAAUUCCAGUGACGGCUUAUCUGAUAUUGUUUUCUGCCUGAAUCCAGAUAUUGAAGACAUAAAACUGCUUCAAUGUUUGCUACAUGAUCUCCGCACUGCGCUUGUCGAUAAUGCUGAAUUCGGGCCAGAGUUUGUGGGAACUCGUGUUCGGAGGGUGUAUGAUGACACUAACGACGACUUAUCUGUGCCAGUGUCCCGACCUGGACUCACAAGCUUUGCAAGACACGCAUUACUCCUAAAGAAUCGCACCUACCAGUGCAUCGAUCCAAUUGAAAAGCGUGCAGAAAAAGCGUCUGAGAUUUCUAAGAAGUUUGUAGACAUUCUCGAUAAAUAUGCCGAUGACUGCAGAAAGAUUUUGGACGACCAACGCCGCACGGGAGGGUCGAGCGAGGCUAGCGAGCAGAGCGAUGAUGUUUAGGUUUAUUUUACCAUUUUCAUUUUCAUUUAAUAUUAUAUCC